UUGUUGAUCAGCCUUGGUUGAUCAGUUUCAUUUUGUUUUAGUCGCACACAAGUCGCACAGCUGCAGCCUGCAGAGAGCAAUCUGUUGAAAUAUUUUGGUUUGGAUUUUGACUUGUCGGCCUUGGACUUGUCGGACUUGUCAUCGUUGCGAGCAAGUUGCGACCUGAGUUCGUACGGUUACGAUCAUUUCAAUUUCGGUGUUUAUCUACGAAUCGAGGUUCAGCAGUGUUAUGCGCGGCACUGCCGGCCAGCCGCCGCGAGCUGCUGCUGCCCCCUCCACCAGUCGAUAUGGCCGGCGAGGAGCUGGUGCUGGUCAGCGAGCUGGCCUUCCUGUCGCGGCUGCUGAACCCGUGCCAGGUGUCGCUGACGGGCGCGCUGCUGCCGCGCGUCCGCUCUCCUCCGUCCCGUCAGCACCUGCCCGCUGAGCAGCAGCGAGCCGAGGAGCUGGCCAUCGAGCUGCACCGCGCCAGCACCCUGGCCAGCCAGCUGCGAGAGUUUGCGGCCGUACCCGACUGCAGCGGUCUACCGCAGCUGGGCAGCCAGCGCGUGCCACCGCUCUCCCUGUCGGGCCUCCCGCGUCAGCACGCGCUGCUGGAGCUGUACCGGAGCUCUCUGUACGAGGCCAUCCAUCUGCACCUGAUGGUGGACGAGAUCAACAAGUCACACCAGACCUGCGGCAAUCAGACACUGCGGCUCGUCGACCAGAUGUUCAUGCUGAGCGCCAGCCUGCAGAACAUCAUGUGUGUCAUCACGGAGACGCUGCCGGAGCAGCUGCUGGAGCCGGUGGUGGCCGAGGUGGCCGACGUCACGCUGCGCCGCUACCACAUCUGCUCCAGGAGGUUGAUGAG